AGAGAGAGAGAGAGAGAGAGAGAGAGGGAGAGAGAGAGGUCUCACGUGUGACAGUUCUUCAUUCGUAGGUAGGCAAGACAUUUGGCAAGCUGAUGACCCUCUCGCACUUUAAGGGACUUUCUUCUUCAGACCAGGAGAGCUGGACGCAUUUACAGUUACUCAGAGAAGAACUUCAGCGUGCCUUUUGACAGCUGACAAGUGACAAGCAAAUUCGCUUCUUGCGAGCUUGUUUUAAUCCACAAACUCGAUAGAAAGAUCGGACUAUCUGAAAGUCAUGAUGGAGAUGAAGGUGCUGGGAUGCGCGUUGCUUUUUCCUCUCCAGAUCUUCUUUUGCUUGUUGAGGGCGAUCGUGCGCUUGUUUACGCGCCAGAAGCGCAGAGAUCUGGGCACUGAUGUGGUCCUCAUCACUGGAGGAGGAAGAGGAAUCGGCCGUCACCUGGCUAAAGAGUUCGCCAAACAAGGAGCAAGAAAGGUGAUUUUGUGGGGCCGCACAGAGAAAUGUUUAAAAGAGACAUGUGAGGAGAUUUCCAUGACUGGAACAGAGUGCCAUUACUUUGUGUGCGACGUGGGCAACAGAGAGGAAGUGUACCAGCAAGCCAAAGUGCUCAGGGAAAAGGUCGGGGAUGUCACCAUUCUUGUCAAUAAUGCAGCUGUUGUCCAUGGAAAAAAUCUUAUGGACAGUGACGAUGACGCACUCCUGAAAACCCAGCACAUAAACACACUUGGACAGUUCUGGACCACGAAAGCAUUUCUUCCUCGCAUGCUGGAGCUCUGCAACGGCCACGUGGUGUGCAUUAACUCCAUUCUCUCCCUCUCCUCCAUCCCUGGAGCCAUCGACUACUGCACAUCCAAGGCCUCGUCUUAUGCCUUCAUGGAAAGCCUGACGCUAGGCCUGCUGGACUGUCCAGGAGUGGGCUGCUCCACGGUGCUUCCCUUCCAUACUGACACAGAGAUGUUCCAGGGAAUGAGAGUUAGGUUCCCUAAGUUGUUUCCUCCUCUGAAUCCUGAGAUGGUGGCCGAACGCACUGUAGAAGCUGUAAGGACCAACACUGCCUUUGUUGUCCUGCCAUGGACCAUGCACUUUCUUGUCAUCCUUAAGAGUCUUUUGCCCCAAUCUGCCCUGGAAGAGAUCCAUAAGUUUUCAGGAAGCUACACCUGUAUGAACACAUUCAAAGGACGGACAUAAACUUAGAAGCAGUGUGACUGUGAAAAAUCCUCAAAACCAUUUUUUUAAUGCAAAG